AUGAUUUUACUAUUUGCAACAAUAAUUACACUGACCGCAGCAGCUUCUAAAAGCAUAGAAACUGAUAAAUUACCGAUUAAUAAUGAUGCGAUAUGUGAAACGCAAGCGUGUGUGCAUGCGGCUUCGUUUAUUCUUAAAAAUAUGAAUACGAACGUCGAUCCAUGCGAUAACUUUUAUCAAUUUGCUUGCGGUAAAUUUGUAGAAGACACGAUUAUUCCUGACACUAAAGAGACUGUUGGCACUUUAGAAAAUUUAGAUGACGAAAUAAAAAAACAACUUCAUCUACUUUUACUAGAUAAACUUAAAAAAAAUAAUUCAACAGAUUCAGAUGAUUCAGUUCUCUCAUCGAUGAAAACUUACUAUAGAUCAUGUAUGGAUACAGAUAAAAUAGAAGAAAAUAGUGAAAAGGAAUUACGUGAAGAUUUAAAAGUAUUAGGAGGCUGUCCAAUAUUGGAAGGUCAAUAUUGGAACGAAGCAAAUUUCGAUUGGAAAAUAUCAAUGUAUAAUGCUAAUAAAAUGGGUUAUAAUACUAAUCUUUUUUUUGAAAUAUCUUCUGAAGCUGAUCCAGAUAACAGUAGCAGGAAUAUACUCGAAAUUGAUAGUCCAAAUACAGAAUUGCCUUACGAAAGUUUAAUUGAUGGCAAAGACAAUGAAGUUGUCCAAGGUUUUAUGCAAAUGGUCCUUAAGAUUUUCAAAGUUUUAGGAGUCGAUAAAAAACAAGCUGAAAAGGUAGUUGACAGCGUUGUGGAUUUUGAUAUAGCUUUAGCAAAGAUUUCAAUGCCAAAAGAAGAUCGUCGAAAUGCGAGCAACCGUAACAAUCGUAUGACUUUACAGCAGUUAGAAACUAGAUACACUGGUAUAUCAUGGACUGAAUUUUUUAAUGAAAUCUUAGCACCGUAUGCCCACGUUGAUCAGGACGAAGAAAUCAUCGUAGCUGAUCCCAAUUUUUUAAGAAGUUUACCUAAUCUUAUUGAGAAAACUCCAAAACGCGUACUUGCUAAUUAUAUAUGUGUUCGUACAAUUUCUCAGACGAUCGAAUUCAUGGGAAAAGAACUGUCGAGCAUUGUACAUGAAGGCAAUAUAGAAUUUGGUGGUGCCGAAGUACAGAAACAACGUAAGGAAGUAUGUUUUAAAAAUUUAUACCAAUGGUUUUAUCCAGCUAUUGGUCGGCUCUACGUCAAGGAUUACUCACAUAUAAAUGCAAAAAAUGAGGCAACUAAUAUAGUAUAUAAUUUGCGUGAUUAUUUACAUCACAUGAUUGAACAGACAGAUUGGAUGGAUGAAGAAACAAAACUUAUGGCAUUAAAAAAACUGAACACCAUGAAAUCGAGUGUUGGUUAUCCAGUGGAACUUGAAAACGAUAAAAAUGUAAAUGAAUACUACCGUACCCUAAAACUAUAUUCUAAAAGUUUUCUCAGAUCUGAAUUGACUUUAAAUCAGCUAUCAAGAAAAAGAAUAUUUUCGCGCCUCAGAAAACCAGUAAAUCAAUUUGAUUGGAUAACUUACAGUGAUAUAGUACAAGCAAAUGCCGUCUACUACUUUAGCAAAAACAGUUUCGCAUUACCAGCUGGAAUCUUACAAGGACACUUUUACGAUAGCAACAGACCAAAUUAUAUAAACUAUGGAGCCAUAGGAUCAAUUAUAGGUCAUGAAAUGAGCCAUGCCUUCGAUGAUGAAGGAAGUCAAUAUGAUGAAAAAGGAAACUUGUUUAACUGGUGGAAAAAUGAAACGAGACAAAAAUAUUUGAAAAAAACAGAAUGCAUUGUUAAGCAAUACAGUAAAUACAUUGUGAAAGAAGUUAAUAAGACGGUUGACGGAGAUGAUUCGCAAGGUGAAAAUAUCGCUGACAACGUUGGUUUAAAAGCCUCUUAUUUGGCUUACAUUGAAUGGUCAAAAAGGAAUAGCAAAGAAUUUCGCUUGCCAGGCCUACGUUAUACACCUCAGCAGAUGUUUUGGAUCAAUUUUGCAAACAAUUUCUGCUCAAAAUCUCUAUUAAAAAAAUUAAAAAUUGAUCUUGAUUUUGACCCUCAUCCGCCGAUGGAGUUCCGAGUUAUUGGAGCCGUGUCCAAUAUGCCAGAAUUUUCGCAAGACUUUAAAUGUCCUUUGAACUCGCCUAUGAAUCCUGCUAAAAAAUGCUCAUUUUGGUAGAUAGAUAAUUCAACUAAAAUAUUAGAUUUAUUGUAAUUCGUUGUAACUCUAUAGAUAACAAUAUUUAAUAUUCUUAUAAAAAAGUUAAAUGACACCAAGACUUAAUUCGUGUCUGAAAUAUCAAAUAAUAUUGUUUUAUUGAUUAAUUACCCCACAAUACCUAAAAAAAAGUAAAAAUUUAAAUCAAGACUAAUACUUGAAGAGUAAUAAAUCUUGAAAAUAUUACACUGCUUCGAAGUUAUAGUAAACGAACCAUAGCUAUCGUCAAUAUAGGUAUUAUAAUACUCGGAUAAGAAAUGCAUC